CUGGAAUGUGAACAAAGUGACUGCUUCAGCUAGCCGCGUGGUGAACAAAACUAUGAUUCAUUCACUGAUCACGAAACGUCACAACGUCAGGAUUUGUCACUAGGCGCUCAGAACACAGACAACUCUGUCAGCCUGUCCUAUUGAGGGGACGCUUUUUGGGACCAAUGCAGACCCCCCCUCAGUUCCUCACUGUCAGUGCCUGUGCGUGGGUCAGCAGUUUUUGUCGCUUUCAAGAUAUUGGGACCAGUGAAAAUUUGGACGUGCCGGAAAAGAUGUCAGUCAGCGUCCAUGAAAACCGCAAGUCAAGGACAAGCACGGGCUCCAUGAACAUCUCGCUGUUCCACAAGCCCUCUCAUCCAGACAGUGUGCUCACCCACCUUAAUACCCUCCGCAAACAGUGCAUGUUCACAGACGUAACACUAUGGGCAGGCGACCGCUCCUUUCCCUGCCACCGAGCUGUGCUUGCAGCUUGCAGUCGAUACUUCGAAGCCAUGUUCAGCGGUGGUCUCCGUGAGAGUCUUGACAACGAGGUUAACUUUCGUGACAGUGUGCACCCGGAGGUUCUGGAGCUGCUACUGGACUUUGCUUACUCCUCACGUGUCAUCAUCAACGAGGAAAAUGCAGAGUCACUUCUUGAGGCCGGAGAUAUGCUGCAAUUUCACGAUAUACGUGAUGCUGCAGCAGAAUUUUUGGAGAAGAACUUGCAUUCGUCUAACUGCUUGGGGAUGAUGUUGCUCUCGGAUGCCCAUCAGUGCAAACGCCUUUAUGAGCUCUCGUGGAGGAUGUGCCUCAUCCACUUUGAGACUCUUCGAGACACUGAAGACUUCUGUGGCCUCUCCAAAGACAAACUUCUGGAUCUCAUCCUUAGUGACGAGCUGGAGAUUGAGGAUGAACAGAUUGUGUUCAAUGCUGUCAUGCGCUGGGUUAGGUAUGAUCUAGACAGUCGCAGAGACUACCUUCCCGAGUUGCUGCGAGGAAUACGUCUAGCGCUGUUACCUUCAGAGUGCCUCAUUGAGGCUGUGGCAUGUGAGGAACUUGUGAUGUCAGAUAAAAGGAGCAGACAGAUUGUUGACGAGGCCAUGCAAUGCAAGAAGAAGAUUCUUCAGAACGACGGAGUCGUCACUAGCCCCUGUGCAAGACCUCGCAAAUCUGGACACACGCUACUCAUUCUUGGGGGCCAGACGUUUAUGUGUGAUAAAAUCUACCAAGUGGACCACAAAGCAAAAGAGAUCAUCCCCAAAUCAGAUCUUCCUAGUCCCAGGAAGGAGUUCAGUGCAUGUGCCAUCGGCUGCAAGGUUUACGUGACCGGAGGAAGAGGGUCAGAAAAUGGGGUGUCAAAGGACGUUUGGAUAUAUGACACGGUACAUGAAGAAUGGUCUAAAGGGGCCCCCAUGUUAAUUGCACGAUUUGGUCACGGUUCAGCUGAACUUGAAAACUGCCUUUAUGUUGUUGGGGGUCACACGGCUAUAGCAGGUGUCUUCCCGGCCUCCCCCUCAGUGUCCCUUAAACAGGUUGAGCGUUACGACCCACUAACCAACAAGUGGACAAUGAUGGCACCACUUAGGGAUGGUGUCAGCAAUGCAGCAGUGGUCAGUGCCAAGCUAAAACUCUUUGUGUUUGGUGGAACAACCAUUCACAGGGAUAAGGCCUCAAAGGUCCAAUGCUAUGACCCAGUUGAGAACCGUUGGACCAUAGCUGCUGAGUGCCCACAACCGUGGAGAUACACGGCCGCUGCUGUUCUCGGCAGUCAGAUAUUCAUAAUGGGCGGUGACACAGAGUUUACGGCUGCAUCCGCUUACCGAUUUGACUGUGAGACCAAUCAAUGGACGCGUGUUGGUGACAUGACCUCUAAAAGAAUGAGCUGCCAUGCUGUGGCCUCUGGUAAUAAACUCUAUGUGGUUGGCGGUUACUUUGGGACACAGCGGUGUAAAACCCUGGAUUGUUAUGAUCCGACAUCGGAUAGCUGGAACAGUAUCACUACCGUGCCUUAUUCACUGAUUCCAACUGCAUUUGUCAGCACCUGGAAGCAUCUUCCUGCCUAGUUGCCUCCAAUUUAAGAGAAUGGAGCUGAUCUGGGUGCAAUGGUCUUCUGGCUACACUGAAUGGAGGACAGCAGAGCUGGAUUGUCAUUGGCUGGCCUGAAGCACCUCUGCUUGGUGGGUGUGGUGUGGCUGCAGUCGGUCACGCCACUCUGCAGGGCGCCUCUCGAAAACAAACCAACCAUCCAUUGCAGAGAAGAGCUGAAACAUCUUUAAAAAUGAAGCCUUGUUGUGGCCAACAGCACAAAUUUGUCUAAACCCAUGCUUGACCUUUGCCAAAUUCAGAGGCACAAUGGCACAAUAACCUUUUGCACCAAUCUCUGCUUUAUUACAUGGGUCUUUUUAGGUACAUGUCUUUACAAAAUUGUUUGUCAUGGUUGCAGCCUAUCGAGGUCAAGAACAUUCUAUUUAGUGAGCUCAGUAAUAUGGCUUACUGAGUGAACGGUGAAAAAAAAAAGAAAAAGACUUAAGCAAAAGCAUGAUUUGCUUCAUGAAUCCUUCUUUACUAUAACUGGCAGCACAGCAGGUCUACAUUUGUGUUCCAUUGCUUCCAAACACCUUAUGGAUACUGUGUUAACUUGACAUGCUCAACUAAACCAAGUUUAAACAUCUACAUGUUCAGAACGUCCCUAUGGGAAAGUGCAAGUUUACUUAAGUAGGAUGUGAAAUGCCUGCGGUAUUUCUAUUUAAUAAGUAUCUGUGAAAUAGAUUUUUACCUGGGACUUGUAUAGAUUCCAUAGCACAAUGCACUAUCAAGGACUUCCUCUCAUUUUAAGAUUUCUCAGAUUGUUGAAGAUAUAAAAAUUUGAUAAAUGCAUUUAAUUUAUGUGUUUGUGAAAACAAAAAAAUUGCACAUGACACAACAAGUAUCACUUUGGAUGAUGAGGGUAUUGAUGUUUGUUAUCGUUUUUUCCUCUAUCCUCGGAUUUUAAAGAUAGAUAGUGAUAGUUCACCCUAAAAAUAAAAUUCACCCUAAUGUCA